GCACCGGCUUUUUCUUUUUAUACGUACAACAUGUGCGUUCAAUAUUUGAAGCCCGUACCAACAUAGCACAUUUAACACAAUUAGAAAGAGAAUCAUUACUACGUCGAGAGGAUUCAUUGUAUUAUUCAUUUUAUAAGACCCUCACAGAAGAAGCCGAUUUCUGGAGUGGCUACAAUAAACUAAAAAAUGUGACUGGUAUUGAAUACCCACAAAGUGUAAAUGUACUGGAGCGAUUCCAUGUGCUCCCCGAACUCAUGAUCGGGUACCUAUAUCACCUGCUUAGGCGUUACACAUUCAACGAAAACUUUCCGAUUUUUAGCUGUUGGCGUAGCAAUGACAUUCGAUUGCCAUUGGAGCAUCGACACUGUGAUGGCUUCGGGCAACCAAUGCAAUUUUAUUUGGAAUGUGUCUGGCUUCUGGGGGGAUUAACUGUUCUAGUCAUUUACAUAUAUGGAACAUUACUAAGCGAAAAUAUCUUUGGAGGAAUUUACGCAGUGGUAUCGUACAUUAUGUUUCACAGUUUCGCGUCAAAAAUUUACGAUUCACCCGUAGCCCGUGAAAACUUUGCAUUUCCAAUUAUUUUCAUGCAAAUAUUUUACCUUUGCUUAUGUAUUGAUCGUGUGACAGAGCGGAAGGAAAAUCACAUGCGAGUUUUUAUUACCAUCAAACUGGCGGGGCUAACUGCGCUCGCUCUUCUGUGUUGGCAGUUUUCAUCCGUCAUCUUUGCAACGCAAGUUCUCAUUAUGAUGAUGCCUUGGUCAUUAAGUCCAGUUUCUGAGGUUGUUUCUAGCACCUUCAGCAUCGACUAUGCGACCUCUCAACUCAUUGCUACCGUAGUAGCAUAUUAUUGUUCAUUCUGUAACAAAAAAUAUAUUUUCGCCUGGCAAAUUGGGCCGGCAAUUGGUCUUUUGUUUAUUAGCAUCGGACGAAGGCUAAAACCUCAGUCACCAAAUAGCAACUUUUCACUAAAAUCCAUAUGGCCUGGCUUGCUGAUGGCAUUCAGUGCGCAAGGCACCCUAAUUGAUUUGUUGGAAAAAACGGGAAUGGCUCGCUCUGUAGACAAUGGAUUUGCCUUGUACCGUGAUUUAGUGGUGCAUUGGUGUUUGCAGGCAAAGGUUAAUUUUACUACCAGUCUUGCGGCAUGCAAUCCAGCUUACCAGCGUUUAAAUUUUGCUGACUUAUGGGAGCUUAUUAAAACCCUUAUUGUAAAACCGUAUUGUAUGUAUGGUGUGGUGAUGUUAGCAAAGUUCUUUCGCAAGUGGCGCAAGAGCAGCGAAAACAAGACGCCUAGCAAGGAUAACGUAGAACGAGCUAAAAAAUAUAUAUUAGAAGAUUUUUUGGAAGAAAAUCACAUUUCUAUGCGAGAUAUGUCAAAUAAAGAGACUGAAAAUGAUUUGAAUGAAUGCUUAAAGUUAUUGGAGGAUUGUGACUACGAUUAUGAGCGAUAUAAAGUAGAAAAGGCAAAAAUUAAAAGCAGCAAAAUAGAUGAGCAUGCGGAGUUUAUGAACAACAUCAAGUUACUAAAAGAGCAGAUAAAAGAGCGAAACCAGCAAAAGGAAAAGGAGAAUCUGCAAACUAUGUAUGUAAAUAAUACAGAAAACUUAGAUAAGAAACAAGAGAAGAUUACUGAAGACAAUAAACCUCCGUCCAAACACGAUGAUGUGGCAACGGAAGAUAACGUUCAUGAAGCACCGAGAGCACCAAAAGUCUGUGAAGAUCAUGUAUCAACUGCCGCUAAGGAGGCAAACGAUGCAGCUGAGAGUGACAAAGCUACUAGGGAUACUAAGAGUUCUCGCCGCCCACGUUCUAAGACAUCAGACUUCAGUGCUGCCAGGACUGAUUAUCAAAGCGAUAUUUUCAGCUUUCACUAUCUCUACAGCUUUAUACAAAUGAUUGUUUUUACCGCACUCGGCCUUAGUAUUAGAAAAUUAUUCUUCCUAUCCUUCACGCAAGGUUGUGUUAUUGCACCUACAAUAUGCUCCAAGUUCUGGUAUCGUAAACAACGCAAUAUAUUUUGGACAGUGUCGUUGGCAGUUUUUUUAACUAGUAUGGUGAAUCCUGGUUUAGUGAACAUACGUGAAGAGUACUUUCCCACCCGGCAAGGAAAUACUAAUGAUGAUUUGGACAGUAUGUUGGAGUGGAUCAAGAUGAACACCGAACGUGAUGCUGUGUUUGCAGGUCCAGUAGACAUUAUUGGUACGGUGCAUUUAGUUACUAGACGCCCAAUUGUAAACCAUGCGCAUUUGGAAAUGAAGCACAUCAACGAACGUACCGAACAUGUCUAUACGGUGUUCAGCCGCCAACAAUCAUCCGAUGUUUACAAUCAAUGCUCACAACUGAAAGUACAAUACUUGAUUAUAUCCAUUCAAGACUGCAGCAAUGAAAUUCGUGACGAAUGCGACGUACUUUCCAUCUGGGAUGAUCUGCAGCCGUCAUAUCGCAAGUAUCCACAGUUUUGUUCCGAAUUAGUCAACAAAAACAUACCGAGUUUCUUGAAAGUAUUCUCAAAUGAUUACUAUGGUAUUAUUAAGAUGUUUUCUCAGAGUGUACAGAUCAAUUUAAAGCACAGUAAGAUGCCCGAAAAAGUUAUGUAGCUAUGUGGUCCAAUGUGUUGUUUCGAAUGUCAGUGAAGCAAUUGUAAGGAAUCGGUUAAAAAUGGGAAAGGUCAAUUAAGUUAUAAUUUUUAUAAAGCUAGUUACUCUAAUAGUUUAUAUUUAUUAUCAUUUUGACGUGAGACUUUUUAAGCCUUCAAAUAUGUAUAUUAACGAAAUGAAAAGUAAAUAAUACCUAGAUGUGGUUAUCUAAAUAACUAUAACAUUGAGAAAAAUAAACAACCGGAUCUGAUUGAAUGAAAGUGAGUGACUACAUAAAAACAGGAUAGUAGUACCCCGUUUCAAAUUACUAAUAAUGCUGACUAAAACUUUUUUGAAAUCAAAUAAAAGAACAUAGAAAACGUAAGAUGCUGGGCUGGGCGGUAACGUUUGUGUAGCAAAAUUUGACUAUGUUGUUUAGCCACUGAAUUUGAUUUUCGAGGUAAAGUAAUAUACUUAAAUAGAGAAACAAAACACACUUUGCAUGCUCUUUGUAAAAAGCUUAGAAAACAAAGUCGAAAGUUUAGGCUGUUUAAGCAGUUCAAUUAAAUUAAAUUAAAUUAAUUUAGUUUUUGCGGGUCGAAACAUGAAUGGUCGGGUCUGUUCCUAUACAGUAGAUUUGUGUUUGUUUUCUAUGUUCUUUGGUUAGGUUUAAAUAUUAAAGACAGACACAUGCAUACAUAUGUAUGUACAUAUCGAGGGCUUAUAUUCAAUAUGGUCUAUCUACAGUUUCCUCAAAAACUAUAUUCCCAUACAAAACUCCACUUUAGACCUAACUGUCAUCGAUGAUGUUAAUGCUGGCCUUGUAUAUCAUCAGCAAAAUUAGCUAUUGAAUUUCGAAAUUAAAAUUGCAACUAGUCUAAUAAUUAAGUCUCAGAUAGGUUCUAAGAUCAGAAAGUAGUUUUUGUGUAAACUGCAGAUAGGUCGUAUUGAAUAUAUGUAAGCCCUCGAAAUGUACAUACAUUAGGGCGGGUCAAUUUGUAUGGGAGUUUUA